AUGAAGACCACUGUUCGCCGCGAUGGCCCGCAGGAGCCACCCAAGCCUCGCUACUCCCCUUUCGACAGUGAGGUCCUUCUUCAGAAUUUCGCUGCGCAGAACGACCGCUCGACUUCCCGCCACUGCCAUCCUUGGGUAACAAUGCCGAUCCAAAGACGGAAGGACAGACGCCAGAGCUUCACAGAUGGAAAGAGUUUGCAGGGCGCUGCUUGCUUCGUUCUCUACGUCACAUGGCAACCGAAGUAUUCUGCGACGAUUCUUUCUUACUUAGACGAGGUCUGA